UCCAAAUCAAAACUUGAACAGAUUCACUUAACUCCUUUCAAUUUCAACCACCAAACAUAGAAUUUCUGACUGAAUAAUAAAAUCAACACACGUAAGUAUAAAACGCAACACAACACUAAAAAAAUUAGUUAUUCGUCUGUAUUGUACUGCAAAACAUUCUAUCUUGAUUUUACAUUCCCCUCCAAUUCAAACCCCACUAUUACCAUGUCUAAAUUCUCCGACUUCAAGCCACUCAACGAGACCACCCUCAUCGAAUACAUCAAAACCAUCCCCACCCUCUCAUCCAAACUCAACAACAACUUCUCCAACAUAUCCAUCCAAGAAAUCGGAGACGGCAACCUUAACCUCGUCUUCAUCGUUUCCAACUCCAAUGGCUCCUUCAUCGUCAAACAAGCUCUUCCAUACGUUCGUCUAAUAGGCGAAUCAUGGAAGAUGACGAAAGAGAGAGCUUACUUCGAGUCACUGGCGUUGAAAGAAAAGGGAAAACUGUGUCCGGAACAUGUUCCGGAAGUUUAUCAUUUUGAUCGGGUUAUGUCCUUGAUUGGUAUGCGUUAUUUGGAGCCGCCGCAUGUGAUUCUUAGAAAAGGAUUGGUUGCUGGUGUUGAGUAUCCUUUGUUAGCUGAACAUAUGUCUGGUUUUAUUGCAAAGACGCUGUUCUUUUCGUCUCUGCUUUUUCGCUCUACCACCGACCACAAACGAGAUGUUGCUGAGUUUUGCGGGAACGUGGAGUUAUGCAGGCUAACAGAACAGGUCAUUUUCUCUGACCCUUACAAAGUUUCUGAACAUAAUCAUUGGACUUCUCCUUAUCUUGAUCGUGACGCUGAGGCUAUUCGGGAAGACAAUCUACUCAAGCUUGAAAUUGCUGAGCUGAAAUCAAAGUUCUGUGAGAGGGCUCAGGCACUACUACAUGCAGAUCUCCACACUAGUUCUGUCAUGGUUACUCGUGAAUCAACUCAAGUUAUUGAUCCGGAAUUUGCAUUUUAUGGACCGAUGGGCUUUGAUAUUGGAGCAUUUCUUGGAAACUUGAUUUUGGCUUUCUUUUCUCAAGAUGGACAUGCUGAUCAAACAAAUGAUCGAAAAACAUAUAAAGAGUGGAUUCUUAAGACAAUUGAUAACACUUGGACUCUUUUCUACUACAAAUUCACUAAACUUUGGGAUGAGCAUAGAGAUGGCACUGGUGAAGCAUAUCUUCCAGAAAUCUAUAACAAUCCGGAGGUUCAGCUACUUGUACAGAAGAAGUACAUGACAGAUUUGUUUCAUGACAGUCUUGGAUUCGCUGCUGCCAAAAUGAUAAGGAGAAUUGUUGGUGUGGCACAUGUUGAGGAUUUUGAAUCAAUUACUGAUGCUGCUAAACGGGCAACCUGUGAAAAACAGGCUCUUGAUUUUGCUAAGAUGCUUCUCAAAGAAAGAAGAAAAUUUGAGGCCAUUUCUGAAGUUGUUUCAGCAAUUAGGCAAAUUUAGUUUGGACUAUUUUUUUUCUUCUGUAUUAAUAGUUUAAUACCUCUUUUAUAUUUUGCUGUACCUCAUAAUGAGCGUACAAAACCCGGCUCAUCCUGAAUUGAGUGAUAUCAUUCGGGUUCGGGUCAAUCCCAAAGAGAAUUGAGAAAUAAGGACGAAAGAUAUCCUAAGAUAUGAUCGAGAGAAGAAAGGGACGGGUUUGGUUUGACCUCCGGGUUACGUACUCGUCCCGUCCCGUUUGUUAGUGAGGCAUGUAAAUUUGUAAAAUAAAUCUGCUAGUGUUUUCUGUCCAAAUGAUAAUGCUGUUACUGUCAAGUAUUCAAAUUGAGAAACCUAAUUUGGUUACGCAUGUUCUCAAGGGUAUGGAAGAGUAUGCUAUCAUAUAUUACCUCUUAGAUUUUGGCUGAAUGAACACUAGUUCAGCUUCUUCCUUGAGAAAUUAUGUAUAAUAACUUUUUAUUGUUCCUUCUUCCUCUGCUAUAGUACCAAUAUACUUUCUAAUUAGUGUCCCAUACCUCAUCAAAGUAAUUAGUGUCCCCAUGACAAAAUAAAAUGCAUAGUAUAUGGAUUUUGUGGUAUAACAUAGCAUUCCAGGCAAGUUUUUAUUAAGUAAAAGAUAAUAAUUUUCUAAUGCUUAAGAAAGUUAGUUAAAUGUAAUUUUUAAAAUUUUAGAGAAAAUAUAAUAUAAUUGUGAGCGUAUGAACGUGCAAGUGUUUAGGUAUUGGGCCCUCGAGCUGACAUGCAGAUCUUCAUAGGUGAACUUGUUAAAAUUAUAAUAUGUGAGAACCCCUUUAUGAAUAAGUGCAGUCAUACGUCUUUUAUUUAGGAUUGUUGUUGUGUUAAAGCGAGCUCAAACAAAGAUGGUGAGAUGUUCUGUAUAUGGUAUUUUUGCGUAAUGAAUUAGAUGUCCACUCAACCCAGGAUUGAGGUAUUUAUAAAAAAAAUUGUGGGCAUGGACCUUAGUCUCCAUUAGAGUGAUAAUCGCUCUUAAGAGCGUGGGAAAUGGGUAAUUAACUUCCCCUAUUACUCAUAAGAACACGAUCUUCCACUUUUGACUCACUUUCCCGAACCUCUGUGGACCACGACACCUUCCCAAGUUCUCUCGAACAAGAGAGCAAUCCAAGAUACAAGUGACGUAAUCAAUAAAUGAACGCCAAUCCCAAUAAAUAGGCGGCUAUAGAAUCUCUUGCAAGGGCUACAUGCUACAUAGUCUAUCCUGAGAGAGUUAUGGCGUCCUUCCUGGGUGGCCUCGGCACUUAUACCGAUACAUAGUCCCUCAAGCACGAGGUCUUUAUAAAGAGAAAAGAGAUUUAGUUUAAUUUUCUUAUUUAGAGUUGUUCAGACAAAUAUUUAAGUUGAAUCCCUUAGGCGAGACUUUAAGUUGAGUCCCUAAAGAGAGACGUUAAGUUGAAUCUCUCAUGAGAGACUUUAAAUUGAGUCUCUCAUAAGAGAACUUAAAUAGAGUUCCUCUAUCGAGACUUUAAUUUUAGUCCCUCAUGCGAGACUUUAAGUAGAGUCUCUCAAGUGAGACUUUAAGUUGAAUCCUUCCAUGGAGACUUUAAGUUUAGUCCCUUCACACGAGAUUUUAAGUAGAGCCCCUCAGACAAGACAUUAAGUUGAGUUUCUCAGGCGAGACUUUAAGUUGACUUCAUUAGGUGAGACUUUAAGUUCAGUCCCUUAGGAGAGACUUUAAAUUUAGUCCCUCAUGCGAGACUUUAAGUUAAGUCCAUCAGGAGAGAGUUUAAUUUGAGUCUCUCAGGUGACACUUUAAGUUGAUUCCCUCAAACGAGACUUUAAGUUGAAUCUCUCGGGAAAUACUUUAAUUUUAGCCUCUAGGACAAAACUUUAAGAUGAGUCCUUCAUGCAAGAAUUAAAGUAUAGUCCCAUAGGCGAGACUUUAAAUUGAACCCCUCGAACAAGAAUUUAGGUUGAUUCCCUCAGGAGAUAAUUAUAGUUGAGUCCUUUAGGCGAGAAUUUUUGUCGAAUCUCUUAGGUGAAACUUUAAGUUGAGACUCUCAGGAGAGACAUUAAAUCUAGUCCCUCAGGCGAGAAUUUUAUUUUAGUCCCUUGGGAGAGAUUUAAAGUUGAGACCCUAAUGCGAAAAUUUAAGUAUAGUCCCUUAAAUGAGAUAUUAAGUUGAGUCCAUUGGGCAAGACUUAAAGCUGAGUCCCUCAGUUGAGACUUUAAUUUGAGUCCCUCUGUCGAGACAUUAAGUUAAUUCUCUCACGAGGGACUUUAAGUUGAGUCCCUCAGGCGAGACUUUAAGUUUAAUAUCUCAUUCCAAACUUUAAGUUCAGUACCUCAGACGAGACUUUAAGUUGAAUCUCUCAUUCCAUACAUUAAGUACAGUACCUCAGGCGAGACUUUAAGUUGAUUCUCUCAUUCAAGACUUUUAAGUUACAGUCCUCAGGCGAGAAUUUAAGUUGAGUCAUACAGACAUAACUUUAAGUUGAGUCCCUCAUGCAAGAAUUUAAAUUGAGUCUCUCAUUCAAUACUUUAAGACCAGUCCCUUAGGCGAGACUUUAAGUUAAGUCCAUCAUGCGAGACUUUACAUAAAGAUUCUCAGGCGAGACUUUAUGUUGAUUCUCUCAUGCGAGACUUUAAGUUGGGUACCUCAGGUGAGACAUUAAGUUGAGUCAUACAAGAGUGACUUUAAGUUGAUUUUCUCAGGAAAGACUUUAAGUUUAGUCCCUCAAGCGAUAAUUUAAGUUCAACCCCAUAGGUGGGACUUUAAAUUGAGUUCUUCAAGCGAUUUUGUUUGUCGAAUUCCUCAAGCGAGACUUUUAGUUGAGUCCCUUAGGCAAGACAUUAAAUUGAGUCCCUCAUACGAGAUUUUAAGUUGAGUCCCUCAUACCAGACUUUAAGUCGAGUCUGUCAGAAGAGACUUUAAGUUGAGUCACUCUGGCGAGACUUUAAGGUAAGCCUGUCAAGCAAGAAAUUAAGUUGAGUCCCUCGUGCAAGACUUUAAGUUAAGUCCUUCUAGAAAUACCUUAGGUUCAGUCCUUCAGGUGAGACUUUAGGUUGAAUCCCUUGCGCAAGACUUUAAGUUGAGUCCCUCAUGUGAGACUUUUAGUUGAGUUUCUCAGGCGGGAAUUUAAGUUUAUUCUCUCAAACGAGAAAAUUUAAGUUGAAUUUAUGAGGAGAGACUUUAAAUUGAGUUUCUCAUACAAGACUUUAAGUUAAGUCCCAUAGGAGAGAAUUUAAGUUGAGUCCUUUAAGAGAGACUUUAAGUUAAGUCCCUCGGGCGAGACUUUUAUUUGAGUCCUUCAGGUGAGACUUUAAGUUAAAUCCCUCAGGGAGGUUCAGUACCUUCACGCAAGACUUUAAGUUGAGUCUCUCAGGAGAGUUUGAAAAAUUGAGUCCCUCAAGUAAGACUUUAAGUUGAAUCCCUCAGGUGAGACUAUAUGUUGAGUCUCUCAGGAGGUACUUUAAGUUAAACCCCUCUGGUGAGACUUUAAAUCCGAUCCCUCUAGAGAGACUUUAAGUUGAGUCCUUCAGGAAAGACUUUAAGUUGAGUCCCUCGUGUGAGACAUUAAGUUGAGUUGGUGUUUUAUGCUCUGUGGGGAUCUUCCCUUGGAAGUUUAGUGUUUAUAUUGCCCCAAAGAGCGACAAAGAUCUUCCAACAAAAGUCUAACAUAUGUGUUGCCCCUUAAGGGUAACAAGGAUCUGCUAAAUAAAGUCCAACAUAUGAAUUGCCCCUUAGAUAAAGAGGUAUAUGUCACACAACAUCCUGAGUUUGUUAAACAUGAGGAAGCAAGGAAAGUAUACAAUUUGUACAAAGCGCUCUUUGGUUUUAAACAUGCACCUAGGGCAUGAAACAAGAAGAUUGAUUCAUACUUAGUCGAAUCGGGAUUCAUCAAAUGCAAAUGUGAGUAUGGUGUCUAUGUACAAGUAAUGGCACAAGAUAUAACCAUCAUCUGCUUAUAUGUCUAUGACUUGCUGGUAAUUGGAAAUAGCAUGGAGAACUUGUCGAAGUUCAAAUAGCUAACGACGAGGGAAUUUGAAAUGUCGGAUCUGGGAAGUUUGUAGUAUUUACAAGGCACAAAAUUUCAAAUUAUCAAGCAAGGUAUGAUGUUGCAUCAAAGGAAGUAUGUCAAAGAGAUACUCAAGAGAUUCAGAAUGGAUGAUUUAAAUCAUGCAUCCUCAAUUGUCAAACCAAAUUUAAAACUAGAGAAGCAUGGAAAGGAGGACAGCGUCUAUGUAACCUUGUUCAACCAAACUGUAGGAUUUUUAAGAUAUAUGUGCAAUAUCAUACUUGAUAUAAGUUUCUCAAUCGAAUUUGUGAGCAAAUACAUGAGUAAACCAAGGUUGUCACACAUAAAGACUGCAAGAAGAAUCUUGAAAUACUUAAAAGGAUCGAUAAGCUGUGAAAUUCUGUUUCCACAAGAUUUUGAAAGCAAAGAAGCUACAAUUACUUUGUAUUCACAUACUAAUUGGUGUGGAGAUAAGGAAAGCUCGAAGAAGCACAAUUGGUUACUUCUUUCAAGUAUUUGGUGCCCCAUUCUCAUGGUGCUCGAUAAAGCAACUUGUGGUGGCAUUAUUAUCCUGUGAGGCUGAAUAUAUAGCAGGAUCCUAUGUUAUGUGUCAAGCAAUUUGGACCAGAUUUGUGUUGGAAGAGAUGAAAGUCGAAGUGAAGAAACCUCUGGUGUUGCAGAACGUUAACAAGUUAGCUAUAAAUCUUGCAAAGAAUCCAGUUAUACGUGGAAGGAGUAAGAACUUCGAAGCUAGAUUUCAUUUCUUAAGGGAGAAGGUAAAGCGAGGUGAAUUUGAAGUGAGACAUUGCUCAAGUGAAGCACAACUGACCGAUAUUUUCACCAAAGGAUUGAAGAUCGACAAAUUCCUAACCUUGAGAAAGAAAUUAUGAAUAGUUCAAAUCGAUUAUGUUUAUCAUGUACUAAGUAAUUUGGAUUAUAAGGGAGUAUCUUGAAAGUAUAAUCCAAAUUACAUAGACUAAACCUAAGUUACCCC